AUGAAACCCCCUCUACCUACUUCAGACCUCCUCUGCCUACCCUCAGACCCCCCCUCUCAGACCUACCUCAGACCUCCUCUGCCUACCUCAGACCCCCCUACCUACUUCAGACCCCCUGCCUAUCUCAGACCCCCCCUCUGCCUACCUCAGACCCCCCUCUGCCUACCUCAGACCCCUCUCUGCCUACUUCAGACCCCUCCUGCCUACCUCAGACCCCCUCAGACCCCCUCUGCCUACCUCAGACCCCCUUACCUACCUCAGACCCCCACUGCCUACCUCAGACCCCCCUUACCUACCUCAGACCCCCUCUGCCUACCUCAGACCCCCCCUACCUACUUCAGACCCCCUGCCUACCCUCAGACCCCCUCUGCCUACCUCAGACCCCCUCUGCCUACCUCAGACCCCCUCUGCCUACCUCAGACCCCUCCUGCCUACCUCAGACCCCCUCUGCCUACCUCAGACCCCCACUGCCUACCUCAGACCCCCCUACCUACCUCAGACCCCCACUGCCUACCUCAGACCCCCUGCCUACCUCAGACCUCCCCUACCUACCUCAGACCCCCCUGCCUACCUCAGACCCCCUCCUACCUACCUCAGACCCCCUCUGCCUACCUCAGACCCCCCCCUGCCUACCUCAGACCUCCCCUACCUACCUCAGACCCCCCUACCUACCUCAGAGCCCCCUCUGCCUACCUCAGACCCCCCUACCUACCUCAGACCUCCCUACCUACCUCAGAGCCCCCCUGCCUACCUCAGACCCCCUCCUACCUAUCUCAGACCCCCCUCUGCCUACCUCAGACCCCCUCUGCCUACCUCAGAGCCCCCUCUGCCUACCUCAGAGCCCCCCUGCCUACCUCAGACCCCCCUGCCUACCUCAGACCCCCCUACCUACUUCAGACCCCCCCCCCUACCUACCUCAGACCCCCCCCUGCCUAA